AUGGUUACAAAUUGGGGGCCACCCACUGCAACAAUUAUUGUAGCACCGAAUAGGGAUGUUGAGCGACUUGCAGAGAUCCUUACACUCGCACAAAGACAUGAAAGAGAUCUGAAACGACUCCAGAGUGUCAAUCAUAUCAAUGAACCAAAUACUUUGACCGUCGCUAGUGCAACCCAACAGAAGGAGGAUUUAGCCGCAACGCAACUUCAGUCAACAGGAGAAUCUCCGUUCCAUUCAAGAGGUCCAGCGAUGAUGAAAAAACGAAAUCCGCCAGGAAGUCCCGGCCCACAAGAAGUUGGAGUGGCCACAAUGAAAACGAAUAAGGGCGAAGGCGAUUUGUAUUUGUUGAUGAAGGAAUUGGAGACGCAAUUGGGAUUUCUUGAAUUACAGGAUGAUUAUAUUCGAGAUGAUCAAAAAAGUCUAAAGCGAGAAUUAAUUCACGCGAAAAAUGAGAUAUUACGGAUUCGUAGUGUUCCUUUGGUGAUUGGACAGUUUUUGGAAAUGAUUGAUGAAAAUCACGGUAUUGCAAGUUCAACGGCGGGAUCCAAUUAUUAUGUUAGAGUUCUAUCGACACUGAAUAGGGAAUUGUUGAAGCCUUCUUGCUCGGUUGCCCUUCAUCGCCACUCUCAUUCCAUUGUUGAUGUUCUUCCUCCCGAAGCUGAUAGUUCAAUUCAAAUGCUGACAAUGACUGAGAAACCAAAAGUGACGUACUCAGAUAUCGGAGGAAUGGAUAUCCAGAAGCAGGAAAUCCGAGAGGCUGUCGAACUUCCAUUAACGUGUCCCGAUUUAUACCAACAGAUUGGAAUAGAUCCACCCACAGGAGUUCUUCUUUAUGGACCCCCGGGAACGGGAAAAACGAUGCUCGCUAAGGCUGUGGCUCAUCACACCACGGCGACGUUCAUUCGUGUUGUUGGAUCGGAAUUUGUGCAGAAGUAUUUGGGUGAGGGACCUCGAAUGGUUCGGGAUGUCUUUCGUCUUGCUCGUGAGAAUUCCCCAUCAAUUGUGUUUAUUGAUGAGGUUGAUGCGAUUGCCACGAAGCGUUUUGACGCUCAAACGGGAGCGGAUCGCGAAGUUCAACGUAUUCUUCUUGAGCUCUUGAAUCAGCUCGAUGGUUUUGAUCAAGCGACAUCUGUGAAAGUCAUCAUGGCGACAAAUAGAGCUGACACGUUGGAUCCUGCCCUCCUUCGCCCUGGGCGUUUGGAUCGAAAAAUUGAAUUCCCACUCCCUGAUCGUCGACAACGGCGUUUAAUCUUCCAGACCAUUACGGCAAAGAUGAGCUUAUCGGAUGAGGUUGAUUUGGAAGAUUUUGUUUCUCGGCCAGAGAGAGUCUCAGCUGCUGAUAUUGCUGCAAUUUGUCAGGAAGCCGGAAUGCACGCUGUUCGCAAAAAUCGAUGUAUCAUUCUUUCAAAAGACUUCGAAAAAGGGUGGAAGUCUCAUGUGAAACGUCAUGAGAGAACAUUCGAAUUUUACGGUCUCUGA